UUCUUGCUGCUGUCACUGACACUCACCAUGGGAGGGACAGACAGACACCCAAACAAGGAAGUUCUCCUUGUAAGAUUGUAUUGCAAAUUAUUAUAUCCUUGAGAGGCUGCAGCAUAAUCUCACCAUGUCAGGCCCCUCGUAUUCCGACCGGCUGCUCCAGGACACUGAAUACCUGAAGAACAACAGGAGCUUGACUGAGCAUGUUGUGGAUAAAAUCAUUUUGCAGCUGAAUCGUGUCUAUCCUCAGGUUCUGUCUAACAAGGAAGCUGAAAGGUUUAGGAGCCUGAAAACCCCUCUCCGCACUCGGCUGUCUGACCUGCUGAUACAUCUACAGAAAAGUGGGCAGAGAGAAUGUCAGGAGUUCUACAGGGCUCUCCGGAACAACGCUCAGAAAGCGUACACCACGUUGCCGAGUAGAAGCAAUCUGAGUACCACAGAUCUCGUAGAAAUGAGUCCAGACCAGGAGAAAAUUAUCCUCAAUGACAGAGGGCCCAUAUUCUUCUUGGCAUGCUUUAGUGUGGCAGCAGGUCUGGCAUUCUUAAUGUAUUACAAUAACGCCGAAGUAAAAUCGCCUGGGCCAGCCAAAAAAGUAUUUGGAUUUUCUGCAAUUGGAUUUGGACGAUGCAUCAAAAAUAUCUUGAUAUCGUACUUGGAGGAGACAGCGAUGAGUCAGUAAAAGUCUGGGUUUUUGGAUGCUUACUUGAACAAUUUCUUAUGCACUACUUAUACCAAAGAUUAAGAACUUUACUUGUCCAUGGUGUAUGGACUAUAUAAGACCUCCUACCAAAUAAGUGAGGAGAAAGUAAUAUGUGGGAGGCAUUUGUUUUCUACACGGAAUUUUGCAAAGAACGUUGCCGUCCAUGUCUUAGUAAGCACUUAUUGUGGACCAAAGUCCAUUGCUGACUGACAAGAAAGUUAAAUAUGUACAUAAGUUUUAAACAGCAUUAUAUUUACAAAUGAAGCGUUACUGAACAAAAGUGAAAGAAAAAAUGGGUCAAGGUUAGUCAUUAUUUUUUCUUUGCUUUUGUCUUUUUAUUUUCUUUUUUUGAGGGAUUGGGGGAGCUCACACGUCAAGUUAUGCUAAAUUUUUAGUUUUAGAACAUUGUUUUGUUAUUUUAUAAAAUAUAGGAGACUUUGGGUUGGAAUUCUGGAAAACCCCACGCGUUCUGCGGACUAAAAUAAACUGUCCAAAAUAUUCUGGAUUGUUCAUUUUUUAUGUUCCGCAUAGAACAAGUUUGAUGCUUUAAUCCAAAGUCUGUACCUUUGUUGUGACAUGCAGUAUUUCCAAAAAAAUAUAUUUUUUUUUUCUGCGAUGUGA